AAAACCGGUCAUAACUUCCAAAGUGGACUGCCGCGCCAAAAAAAAGUCAAACGAAAUUUCCUCCUUCUAGAAGCCCCUCGCCUCCAAAUCAGACGCGGUUCAAAAUCAAAAUCCCAACCACCACGGUAUCAACGUCAUCAGUGACGUAAUCCCUUCUAACACGACACGUGUCAACAUCACACGGCGCGAGACCUUUGCUUCGAACCCAGCGAAACGUCUCGCGUUGUUCUCAGAAGGGCAAAACGGUCAAAUCACAGCAACCAGGGGGUUUUCUUUUUCUUUUUCUGUUUUUUUUUUAAUUGUUUUCUGUUUUUUUUUUUUGUUCGAAGCCUUUCCCGGCAAGGCAAAUGAUGUGGGAGAGCCCUUCGUUCAAAGUUGAAAUAGUUUUUUGUUGACAUUAUAAAAAGUGGCCGAAAAUAUGCAGCGACGAAAAAGUACAAAGUGGAAGCUGUUGUGCCGAGAGAAAUGGAGGAGAAUCCGCCCAACGCAUGCAUUUCUAUAUUCCCGGCGAUUCCCGACGGCGGCGGCGUGCGGAAGCCUCACCAUAGCCCGAUCCGAAAUCUGGAUUUCGAUCGGUUGAAUGUUGUAUCGGCGUUGGGCCGUGGUGCCAAGGGAGUGGUGUUCCUGGUGAGAGACUGUGGAAUUUCCGGCGAGUCUUUGGCUUUGAAGGUUAUACUGAGGGAAUCGAUCGAGGGGAAGAGGAGAAAGAAGAAGACGAAGGGAGAGAGCGAGGAUGGAGAUGGAGAUGAGUAUAGGCGCGUGAGUUUCGAGCAGGGAGUGUUAAGCCGAUUCGAGCAUCCUCUGUUUCCUCGCCUCCGCGGCGUUUUAGCGACGGAAAAAGUCGUCGGCUACGCCAUCGAUUAUUGCCCCGGCCGAGAUCUCAAUUCGUUGAGGAAGAGGCAGACGGAGAAAAUGUUUUCCGACGAGAUUAUCAGAUUUUACGCAGCAGAACUGGUACUCGCAUUGGAGUAUCUUCACGAUCAAGGAAUCGUUUACAGAGAUCUGAAGCCGGACAAUGUGAUGAUCCAAGAGAACGGCCACAUAAUGCUCGUCGAUUUCGAUCUCUCCACGAAACUCCCGCCGAGAACGCCGCAACAGUCAUCGCCGUCGUCUGCUCCACUCACCGCAAAACCUCCGACGGCGAAGAGACGGUUCUUCCCCUUCCACAGGCUCUGCAACUCGGGAAUCUCGCCGGACGAGUCAGUACGCGGCGGUGACUCAGCGGUCGCGCCGGAGUCUGACUCGUCGGGAGGGAAGUCGAACUCGUUCGUCGGAACAGAGGAAUACGUAGCUCCGGAGGUGAUCUCCGUCGACGGCCACGACUUCGCCGUCGACUGGUGGUCGCUCGGAGUGGUUCUCUACGAGAUGCUGUACGGAACGACGCCGUUCAGAGGGUCGAACAGGAAGGAGACGUUUUACAACAUACUGACCAAACCGCCGGAUUUGGUGGGGGAAACGACGCCGUUGAGGGACCUCAUCAGAAGAUUACUGGAGAAGGAUCCCAGCCGUCGGAUCACGGUGGAGGGAAUCAAGGGCCACGAUUUCUUCAGAGGUGUGAAUUGGAAUCUUGUGCUUUGGGUAUCUCGACCGCCGUACAUCCCGUCACCGGAAAACGGGGAAAACGACGGAGUUACAAAAAUCGACGUCGAGAAUUUCGUCGAAGAAGUAUUUUCUGCUCGCGACGAUAACGGUAACGAUAACGGAGAACAAAACACUAAACAUAACACUGAUAGAAAUGUAGAUGAGAAAAACACGGCGAGGGUUAAGGAGGGUUUGGUAGAUAACGAGUUCUUGGUAUUUUGAUUUAAUUUAAUUCAUUUCGAAAUAUUCUUUUGGUAAUUAAUAUACAUUUACAUUGAAAUGGACUUCAAUAUUCCAUCACACCCCCUUUUGAAUCAAUUCUUAUGAUACU